AUGGGAAGAGAUUGCUACUUAUCUUAUUUAAUCGGUCAACUAGGUGGUAUUAAUUUCGGGGGUUCAGAGUGUGAUUUCAUGAUAUCCACUCAUAAACAUGGGGAGGCUAUAGCCGUGAUAUCUGUUGGCAAUGAUGAGGAAUGUCGUUUAAUUUUGUCACGGAGAUUCCCUGGGCAAGCAAUCGUCAAUGGUGCACCGCUGUCUAUGGGUUGUCGGAGUAUACGUUCAGGAGAUAGAAUACAAUUCGUUAGUGCACCGAGCAAACUCUUUAUACUUAAGCACGUGUAUGUUAAUCUUCUCUUCUCUUCAAUGGGAAAGCAGGCGAAGAAAAAAGCGAAGUCAGUUGCCGCUCUUAUCCAUGCUAAUGUUUUAAGUGAAUGGUCAAAAGAGUGUGAUCUUCUCGUUAUGUCAUCUUUGAUUGUCACGUCUAAGGUUGUAUGCGCGUUACUUCAUUGCAUUCCGAUUGUCACACCGGAAUUCUUAGAAGAAAUAAAACAGAUUAGUACAUGUAAAUUUGCAGCCAAACCGGACCCACAAAACUUUUUACCUGUCGUAAAAGAGGAAAAAUUAACACAAAAUGACGCACCGAGAUUUUUGCCCAAUGAGUUACGCCGUGAUUUAUUUCAUGGGAAAACAUUUUUUGUUUUCAGUAAAGACAAAUACGAUCGUCUUGUGGAGAUUAUUCAUUUGGGGAACGGCAAGAUAUAUCUACUUGAUUCGUGUGAUACUCUACUUACUUUAGCCGCAGAAAGUGAUGUGUAUGCUUCUGGAGAUUUCGCAGUAAAUGAUAUUCUUCGUGAUGUUUUGUCGAAGUCCGGAUCUUGUGUUAUUCAUUUACAUCCUACCUCACUCACUCAACAAUGGCAGCGCAAGGUGUAUUCAGUGCUACGUAGUUUAAAUCAGCGACCCAUCCUUGAAUCUGAAUUGGGUUUCGCUGUCAUAUAUUGCUCCACAGAGUUAUAUUGUAAUCCGCGGAAACAUUGUCCUGAUGGACUAUAUCAGGAAGUCAAUGUAUCCGAAGCAUUUUCGGUAAAUCCAUUUCAAAUUGACUCGGAAGUUCUUACAUCACAAACCAAUGAAUUGUGUAAUACGGUGAAUGGUCUUGAGGUGUCCAGUUCAUUUAAAAAAAACUCUUCGCUGAAAACUAAUAAAAAUGAAUCGACUACUGGGCAGAAAUCAAGUUUGUUUCAAACCACGGAGUCAAACGAGAAUAAAGGCAAAUCUACUGUCUCUAAAAUAGUUCCUUUAGUAACUCCUGAACGCAAAACUCCAGGGGGUUUGUUAGUGCAGGAUUCAGAACCAGCAUUUAGUCCAAAAUUUGCUAACGGAUCUCGAUUUCCACCCAUGGGUUCCGAAAAUCAAGAACCUCACAAACCAGAAACGGUUUCAAAGAAGACUGCUAUCAUUUCCAAUACUGAAUCUUCAUUCGUUCAUCAACCUUCAGAGCACAGUGAUUAUGUCUUAAAAUUAUUUGAUAGUAUACCUCGACUUGAAUUACCAAAGAAGAAGUCUGUGCUGUCAGAGUCAACAAAUAAAGGUCAAAGUAGUGUAGUACAGUCUUCCCCCCGCUUAUCCAGUGUUAAUUGUGGCCGUGAGUUAGAUUCUGUUCAAUGUGAGUUAUCUGCAUCGUGUAAAGAUUCAGUUUUGCCUGUUGUCGCUGAAAAAACAGAUUCAAGUGAUGCAGGAAAUUGUGGACCUAAUGAUGCUCCUUUGAAACAGUCGGACAGUGAUAAAAUGGUGUCAGACAAACUUGGGCGUUUGUUAGUGCAAGAUUCAGAACCAGUAUUUAGUCAAGAAUUUGUUAAUCAAUCUCGAUUUCCAUCACUGGGUGUUGAAAAUCAAGAAACUUACAAAUCGGAAACAGUUUCAAAAAAGACUACUGUCAUUUCAAAUACUGAAUCUUCAUUCGUUCAUCAACCUUCAGAGCACAGUGAUUAUGUCUUAAAAUUAUUUGAUAGUAUACCUCGACUUGAAUUACCAAAGAAGAAGUCUGUGCUGUCAGAGUCAACAAAUAAAGGUCAAAGUAGUGUAGUACAGUCUUCCCCCCGCUUAUCCAGUGUUAAUUGUGGCCGUGAGUUAGAUUCUGUUCAAUGUGAGUUAUCUGCAUCGUGUAAAGAUUCAGUUUUGCCUGUUGUCGCUGAAAAAACAGAUUCAAGUGAUGCAGGAAAUUGUGGACCUAAUGAUGCUCCUUUGAAACAGUCGAACAGUGAUGAACGGGCGUCAGAUGGAUGGCUUCGGAAACGUGUAGGUGUUGAAACUGAUUCCCCGGAUAACAACAACCAAUGUGCAAAAGUCGCUCCUAUGACCAUCACAACUAACGUUCCAAAGUUCAUUGCGAGUACCCAACAAAACAAUAAGAGAAAUUUCAAACAAUUUGUUAAAGUUUGGCCAACCCAUCUUCGUCGUAAUACACAGCUGAGGCCUAGUAUUCAUCCUUGUGUAUCAAGACCUAUUCCUCUAGCUCCUUUUCACCAAACACUUGAGAAGAAACGUGAAGAAUGUAAAACUAUUGUCAAGUCAAAAAACUCAUCAGAAGAUGAGAGACGAGAAAGAAUAAACAAGCUAUUUGAAGAAUGCUGCGAGCCACCACCUCUGCGGAAGUUCCGAACAACCAUCGAGGUCUGA